CACUUGCUCACCUUGGUAGUAGUGUGUCUUGGCUUCAUCAUGGUCUUGGGCAUUCUCAACAACUUAUUGGUACUGGUGCUGUUCUGCAAGUUCAACGCUCCGAGGAACCCGUUCAACAUGUUGUUGAUGAGCAUCAGUGCAAGCGACUUGCUAGUGUGUGUUGGGACGCCGUUCAGUUUUGCUGCCAGUGUACAGGGUCGGUGGCUCGCUGGUUAUCAAGGCUGUGGAUGGUAUGGGUUUGCAAACGUCUUAUUUGGUAUAGUCUCUCUCACAUCACUAUGCUCCCUUUCCUAUGACUGGAGCUGGAAAGUGACUAAGUACAUCCAUUGUGCCUCCAAUUAUUGGAAGGCAUGGUUGGCAAUUGCUUUCACCUUUUUCUGGACAGUGCCCCCUCUCUUUGGCUGGAGCGCUUAUGGACCAGAAAUAAGCUGUUUAAUUCACUGCAAGCCUGCACUAGGAAUGGACAAUAUCAUUUGCCUCUUCAUCUUCUGCCUGCUCCUACCUAUCCUUAGCAUGGUUUACCGCUAUGGAUGGAUACUUCAUGAAUGGAGACAGGUGAGUUGGCAAAAUAAAAAAGAUGCAGCUCGUCAGAACAAAUACCAUGUCCUUUUCAUGGUGAUUACUAUAGUGGUUUGUUUGUUGCUUUGUUGGUUGCCUUAUGGAAUUGUGGCACGUCUUGCAAUCUUUGGUAAACCAGACUUGAUAACACCUGAAGACAGUAUAGUGCCAGCCAUCCUGGCAAAAUGGAGCACUGUAUAUAAUCCAAUUAUCUAUAUCCUAAUGAAUAAAAAGAAAUAA